AACAUAAUAUUGUUAUUCAAGAACCGGAACAACAAAAACCACACCAUAAUGAAGAUAAUGGUCUGAGAGUUAAUGAUUAUCGUAUUUAUACUUCUAAUAAUGAAUUAUAUUCGAUAGUACAAAGAUUUCAUCAACUGAGUGUUGUAGACCAAACUAGUCCCCAAAUUGAUGAAAGCAAUCACGAAUCAAAUAACACACAAAUGGUUCCAGGUGAUCACAAUUACAAUAUUGAUAAUACUCCUUUGAUUCAAGAACAAAAUUUAUCAGAGUUUCCUAAUACCGAACCGAAUAAUUCAAAUGAUAAUAAAGUAGCAGAUUUGAUAGAUAUAAGUGAAAAUCCUUCUAUUACAAUGAGUUCAAAUGAAUCAGGUUUGUUAUAA